UCGUGGUCGCCUCAUUCAGUGUGCGGCCUUUCAGUGGUGAAGUUGAAAACGGUCGCGCUCCGCUCCACAGUCAGUUUUAUUGCUGGUUUCAGCAGACAGUCGUCUCCAGGUUUUCAGAGUAGAUAGAAGAAGAACGCUCGUCACCAGGUUUUUGUCGUUUCGUCAGUCUGUCACGCGAUUCAGAAGAAAGUCCUCAGGAGAGUCUGCGACCGCAGGCAGACCGGUCUGCAGUUAUUGUGAGAGUGUGUGGUCAUUCAGUAGUCGGCGAGGCCUCGGCCAGUUACGGACUCGGAAAUCCGCGUCCCGUUCACUGUCUCUGUUCUGCGCAUUGUGCACUAGUUGUCCCACUGCUCCAUAUUUGUGCUCCAUACAUUCAGAUCCUGGAGAAAACUUGAAAGAGUUGGGACCUACAGGAACAUUACAGAUCCAUUGGCAGAUAUUUUGCAUUAUCAUCUCUGUGUUAGCGUGCGAUAAAAUUGAUUCGAGAACAACAUUUCACUCAUUCAAAAAGAAAGAAGGGACGAGCGCUGACAUCUUCUCCAAUAAUUGAACUUUGAUUAGUCUGUUCUCAAUGAAGUAAUACAACGAGCACAAGCGAGGGUGUUGGAUAUAAAAGAGAAUACAGAACAUACUGGAAUGCUCAGUUGAGGUUGGAAUAGUUCAGCUAGAGGCCGACAUUGGCAGACGCUCUCACUCCAUCUAAGAUGGUGAUGGGACUUUCAAAGCAGCCGAGGAUGGCUGGACUUCUCUCAUCUUUAUCCUUGUUAGUAAUCAUCUCAUUGUGCAGUCAACUGGUGGCCGGAGAAUAUGGCUGCCCCCAUCAGUGCCUCUGCUUUGUGGACAAUAGUGGCUUCCGAACAGCAAACUGCACAGGAGUCGAAUUCAUGACUGCGCAUGCCUUUCAGUACUCGAAAAUAUUCAGUGGUAUCGAGGUACUAAAUGUAAAACCCCACUCACAGAAACCUAUCAAACUCAAAGAUGAUAUGUUUCUCCCCUUCUUCUCACUGAAGUACCUAAAUUUAAGUAACUGUAGAAUCAAGACCAUCACCAAAAAUGUGUUCAACGGACUGAAAAAGAUCUGGGAGAUAGAUUUAUCCGACAAUGAGAUCCAGCACUUCCACAGCUCUGUUUUCGAGAAUCUCAACGAUUUGAAUAGACUUAGUUUGAGAGGCAACCCUCUUCAGAUGACUCACAAGCCCUACAUCAUAUCACACUCUCUGAAAGAAUUGGAUAUGGGAAAAUGUGGAAUUUCAUCUCUACCCAACGAGUUCUUCCAUGGGUUGAAGAAAUUGACCCAUCUACUCUUGGAUGGUAAUUUUAUACGUAACAUCAAAGAUCACGUGCUUCCUAGAGGUCUUGUAGAUCUGAACCUGGCUUACAAUAGAAUUGUGAACAUCCCCAUUGAUACUCUGUUGUCAUUGACUCAGUUGAGGCGUUUGGAUCUCCAUGAAAACUACAUCAAUUGUACAUGUGUAUUUCUACAUUUACAAGAUAUGUUAUCAGGGAACGGUGUGUUAAUUGAUGGGAAUGUUGUAUGUGCAUAUCCCAUUGAACUCCGAAAUACGAGUUUGAAUAAGGUGAAUGAGAAUGAGGCUUGUAGGAGAGAAGUGUACAAAGACAAGCAACAUCGAAAAUCUUCUAAUGCUAAGUACAUUCAUCAGAAGGAGAGUUACGACUUUGAUAAUGACAAGUACAGUUCUUAUGAGAACUUCCAGAGGGAUCAGCCUGAUUAUUAUCAAGAUCAAGUUGACGACUCAACGAAUGAAAAAGAUUCGUUCCAGCAAGAUCCACAGCCAUUGAGGAGUGGAGAGCAUUACAGUAAAGAAACGCAUUCAGGUCAUGGAAAGAAGAAGCAUAAACACAAUGAUCACAUUUCAUCUGAUGAAUAUGAUAAGAUAAUGAAUGAUGAAGGUAUGCUCAGUGAUGAGUAUACCAGUUCAAGUUCACCACAAGAUGAUGGAGUAGAAAAUGAGGACGACAGCUACACUGAUGAGACAUCUAACAUUGAUAGACCUUCACCAUUGGAUGACUUGGGAAGUACAUUUGAGAAAAGCGUGCCUGAGUCAAGCAAGUCUGAAGACUCAUUUGAAGGUUCUGGAGUGGGAGAUAUCAAUGAAGAGCAGAGAAUAGCGUCUCUUGGAGAAGGGAUCCAGUUUGGAUUGGAUGAUGGGAACGAGGAUGAUGCUACUGAGUUUAUGAUCAUCAAAGAAACGAAAGCGCCAAAAGUCAAUCAUGAAAAAGAAGCUAAAGGAGACAAGGGAGGGGAUCACUCAGGGAACGAGGGAGACAUGGGAGGGGAUCACACGGGGGAUGAGGAACAGCGUGCGGAGGAAUCGGGUAGGAAAGUACCUUCAGGUAUGGGUCAAUAUAUUCUGAUUGGAUUGAUUGGUUUCAUUCUUAUCAUCCUGAUACUGGUUGCAGUGAUCAAGAAAUGCCGGUCUAGAAGAAAUACCGAACGUGAGAAGCUCUCCAAUAUGGAGAACGCUAACGGCACAGAGCUGCAAGAUAUCACCACAUUACUUCCGAAACCAGAAGAAAAAGAUGAGAGAAACGGCAAGUAUCCUAACGAAACGUCUCCUGAGACAGUCAAGCUCAUAAAUGGAGACAAACCCCAUGACUUAUCCGAGCCAACAGACAUGAACCAAAACGACAACCGCAAUGACAUUGUCAAAAAUGGAGUCAAACCAGCUACUGAAGCUGUGGCACCCAUUGAGGUUACAAAAGCAAAAUUGACUAUUCUUCCUGAUUCAAUACCAAAAACUCCCAUCUUUGUUCAGAAAAAUAACGGAGCAAUAAAAAAAGGAGUAUCAUAGACUGAGUUGACAAUGGUUCCUUGAAGACAAGAUCCUGUAGAUUUGUACCAUACUAUUGUAAUGUUAAUAACUUUGUCGAUGUACAGUGGAAGCAUUUAAGAUACUCAAGCACAAAAAGACUGUUCUAGUUGUAAUGUGAACGAUCACUAGCCUACUAUUUAUGUUAUUUUUAUAAGGUAAGCCAUCAAAAUCAAUUUGUCUAGAUGAUAUUUUUUGUGUAAUAAAUAAUAUAAUAUAUUGGGUUACCAGGCCUAUUCAUUUCCAAUUGAGCAGAGGCCCAAGAUGAGGAUAUAUUGUUAAAACCAUUCAAGUGAUUCUCUUAGGGAGAAUAUUUGACGUUCAGUUUUUAGUAGAAUAUAGGGGUUUCUUGUAAUCCUAUGUUAAAGGAGAAGCGUUGAAGCAGUUGAAGGAGAAGCGAUUGGACACAAUCCAAUGAUUGUGUCAUGUUGUUGAGUACGCUUCUCAUCAGUUUCCUCACAUGAAUCGAGAAUUUGUUAUUGUUAUGAUAGUUUAUAAUAUUUUAAAAGCUUUAUAGAAAGUCUUUACUGUUUUAUUCACAGUAAUUGAAAAUCUCCAAGCGCAGCUCUGAGGCAUCUCCAAUCAAUAGCUCAAGGAUAUCUACUGUAUUCAUCAAAGUUGAUUACUGUAGUGAGAAUGAGAAGUUUUUAAAUUUGAAGAAAUCAUAAUUCUCCAGUUUCAGCUUUUGUUCUGAUUUCUAUUCAGAAGCUCAAAGAUAUCAAGGUAAAAUUAUGAAUGGGAAAACUUCAAGUUAUGUGGUUUCACUUCUAUCAGAUGCCUGUAAAAUGAUUUUCACAUCACGAAAUUCUAGAAUUGGGAUUUACUGUAAUAUGAUAAUUACAUUUUUUAUUUCUUUUGCUAGAAGCAAUUCUUAUGUCAUAGAUCCAUAUUUUUUAAAUUCCAUUCCAUAUACUAUUAUUUCUCAAUGUAGAUUAUUAGGUACUACUCAACUAAAAUAAUAUCAUUCAGCUUUUCGAGUACCGUAGCAUCUUAUUGUAUAUUUUGCAUACACCUAGUUAUAUUAUUUCUUGUUUUAUUUAAAUUGGAGCCGAUAAAUCCUUUUGAAUUUGUAAAUAAUAAAAUUUUUGUUAAGAAUU